AUGCUUCGAACUCCUCGCCGAUACCGCUUUUUCCUGGUCUUCAGCAUCAUAUUUGCUCUAGCUUUUCUCAACUUCAUAAGAUCUCGAAACUGGUCUGAUUCAACACAGCCCAUCACAAAAGUCCCCGAGGUGAAGAUACCGCCGCCGAAUAGGAAUGGCGACUCGUCUUCAUCUCAUGGCUUCUCCCAUGACCCACCAAGCUUUUCAGAUGAUGAUAUUCGUACCUUCCCUGACGAUUCAGACUAUAGUCGAAUCGAAGCCCCAAAGCCGGCCGAUGCGCAGUCUGGCCUGAAAAGGCCUCCGGUCAACAACAACGAUAACAAUAACAACAACAAAGACUCUACGAUCGCUGAUACCGACGACAGCCCCGUCAGACGUCCCGGAAGCGAUAAACCAAAAGCGAACACUGCGACUCCUGUGCAAAACACAGUCGAUUCAGAUAAGUCCGAUGAACCGAAUAGCGGGACAGCGGCUGAGGGAGUCGCCGUUAGCGACGAAGAUGAUGAAGAAUUUGGUGCUACAGGCCAAGGAAGGCUUGAUAUAGAAGCUCCUGUGAACAAUCUACAACGUCCACACUGGAAAAAGCUCCCAGAACAUUUUCCCGUUGCUGCAUCCGACCUCAUCAAACUUCCGUCCGCCCAGCCAAAGACACUCCCUAAACUUCAGGCAAUCCCCAAAGCUGAAUCAUCGACAGACUCCAUUAAGCGUACUCAGAGACUUGCAGAAAUCAAAGCCGAGUUCCUGCAUGCAUGGAAGGGGUAUAAAGAAAAUGCGCUUGGCCAUGAUGAAGUCAGACCUGUCAGUGGCGGUUUCCGUGACCCAUUUGCAGGCUGGGGUGCCACUCUUGUUGAUGCUUUGGAUACACUUUGGAUCAUGGGUUUGAAGGAUGAGUUUGCGGCAGCAGUGGACGAAGUCAAACAGAUCGACUUUACUACCAGUUUUCGAAAGGACAUUCCUAUUUUUGAAACUGUAAUCCGAUACCUCGGUGGCCUUAUUGGCGCAUACGACAUAUCUGGCGGAAAUUAUCCGGGCCUGUUGGACAAGGCAGUUGAAUUGGCCGAGGUUUUGAUCGGCGCAUUCGACACACCAAACCGAAUGCCAGUCACGUAUUAUUACUGGGCACCGGAUUAUGUAUCUCAGCCUCAUCGCGCUGGUACCCGUGUCGUCAUGGCAGAGCUCGGUUCCUUGUCGGUUGAAUUUACUCGCUUGGCUCAGUUGACUAAAGAGGAUAAGUACUAUGAUGCGAUCGCACAUAUUACAAACGCUCUUGAGGUUUCACAGAAAGAAACCAGACUCCCCGGUAUGUGGCCAUUGAUCAUGGAUGCUUCUGGAUGUAAGAAGCCUGGUGCCUCUUCUCAACUCCAGGCCUCAUCUUCGAAGGGGAAAACUGGCGGGGACCUCAUCAAAAAUAAUGUAAAACAAGCAAAGGCUACACCGGGAGUAAACGUCCCAAAAACAAUGGAGAAACGCGAUGGUGGUCUCGAAGUAGAUGCUCAGCCUGCAGAUUAUGGAACAGACACUACCUUGGCUCUCACGUCGACUCCGUUCCCGAAAAAAGAGUGUGAAGAGCAAGGACUAGCGUCUCCUCCCCAUUCGACAUCCGAUAGAUUUGGUCUUGGUGGCCAAUCAGAUUCGACCUAUGAGUACUUACCGAAGGAAUACAUGCUUCUAGGAGGAGUCAAUGAUCAAUACCGCCGACUUUACGAAAUAUCCAUGAAGACAGUGCGUGACAAGCUUCUAUUCCGGCCCAUGAUUAAGGAAGAUAGAGAUAUCCGCUUCGUAGCAACCGCCGAGGUUUCUGACCAUGAUGAAUUUGGUGCGGGUAUCAAGAACACAUACGAAGGCACUCAUCUCACCUGUUUUGCUGGCGGUAUGUUUGCAGUGGGAGCGAAGCUCUUUGGGUUGGAAAAAGACAUGGAUAUUGCGGCUAAACUGACUGACGGCUGCGUAUGGGCUUAUGAAUCCACGGCAACGGGUAUCAUGCCCGAGGCAUUUGAGAUGCUACCAUGUGAAGACCCUGUUUCCUGCACAUGGAAUGAAACGGCUUAUCUGGAAGUGAUGGAUCCCUAUGAAAAAAGUCGUAUUAGUCAAGCCGAAAACCUGUAUCAAAUCCAACUGAAGAAUGCGAAGGAAACAUACCAAAAACUGCACCAGGGGAAGCCCAGUAAUGGUGAUAUCGUACGGACACCUACGAUACAUGGAGCCGAGCCAAAGAGUGAGGGGAAAGAAAAGUCUUCGAAGAUUGGGAAAAUCACGAAACGCGAUAGCGCUGACGGCUACGAUGAGCAUUCACACCUUGCCGACGUCAAGAGCGCGGAAGAAAAGGUAGACGCUGCUAGCCAAUCCAAGCCAUUCGAUAAUUUGCCAGGCUUUGAGGCUCCUCCUAGGCCUGCAAUAGUCUCACACGAAGACUAUGUCGCUAACAGGGUCAAGGAGGAACGGCUUCCACAGGGAGUGACUAAGAUUCAAUCUCGAAAUUACAUUCUGCGUCCCGAGGCCAUUGAGUCCGUAUUCAUCAUGUUCCGACUCACAGGGGACGACUAUUGGAGGGAGAAAGGAUGGAAAAUGUUCGAAGCAAUCAUCCGCCAGAGCCGAACAGACAUCGCACACUCCGCCAUCUCGGAUGUGACAAGCUCGGCGCCCGCCUUAGCUGAUUCAAUGGAGUCCUUCUGGCUGGCGGAAACUUUGAAAUAUUUCUAUCUACUAUUCAGCGAUCCAAGUGUUGUUAGCUUGGAUGAAUAUGUUCUGUAA